AUGAGUGCAUUUGCAGCUUUUCGAAAGCUGUCCAGAAGUACACCAGAACUACCGUCUUACAAUUCCCCUUUUCCAAACAAUAUCCUAAAUUCCAAUGUUAAGUUAGACCCCAAAAAUGCCAUAUUCGCAGACUCCUCCAUCCUAAUAGGCCUCAAUCCGGGCGAUCAUGUCACUGCAAGUGGCACAUACAGAUUGAAAGUUGUCAAGGGAAGUACAUUGAUAAACAGCUUGCACAAGAUUGACAGCGAACAAACUUAUAAUGUCAUCACAAACGCAAAUGAACCACUACCCGUUAUCAGUGGAGUCGAUAAUCCUACACCUAAAGAUUCCAUACUACCUUCUUUUCCAACGGUAAUCGAAAUACAGAACUACGAUACGGGUCUUCAGAAUAUCGAUCGCAUCCAGGCACAGCUUAAAGACUUGUAUCUAUCUAAGCCCGAUCCACAGUACACCUUUGAUGUGAAGGAAGAAGGUGAUAAUGAUACAGGGGGUAUGAGAAUUGACCAAAGCGCAUUCAAAGCAGUCACAGAAGUGGGACACCGUUUAUCGAAUAACUCAGAAGUGGCAUUGGUUGCUGGAGCUGCGUUCAGUGGAAAACUGACUAUGGCACAUUUGCUUCUAAACUACAUAAGCACCAAUAGACCCAUGGCUUUUCUAGAUUUGGACCCAAAUAGCGGCAGGUUCUCACCUCCGGGUUGUUUGUCACUAAGCGUACAAAGUCAGCCGUGUUUUGGCGUGUUCACUUCAAACGGUGACCUGAACGGUAAAACGCUAUACUAUGGUCACAAUAGCCUGACGGCCUUGCCCACGUAUUACAUGAAAUGUGUGCGUGAAUUGAAGGACUACUAUGAGUCGAAGUUGCUGAAACAUCCCCUUAUUGUGAAUACUCCACCAGGCAUCAAAGGCCUAGGUAGGGAGCUACUCUCUCAGAUAUCUGCACUCUUCAAAACUUCGAUACUUGUGUAUCUAUCACAGAAUGGCUUGCCUGAAGCUGAAUCUUUUGAGGACGACUUUGAGGUCCAGGAUAACCCAGACGACGAGGUCAUUGCCGAUCUAACCCACACUUCGCUCUAUAAGGUCCAUGCUACGCGAAAGAAACCCAGGUUUCUGAACUACGCCCAUGAAAUUGCAUUACUACAAUACUUCCACAGAAUGGAAGGAAAAUACGAUUUCUCGUUCCUUGUGGAGCUGCCGCCUCAAAUGGUGAGCUAUUCACGUGGUGAUCCUCAUGGGGUCCCCUAUGUGGUUUCUCUCCACCAGUCUAUUCAAAAAUUGAACAAGGAAAAUGUGGAGGAGUAUUUGGAAGCUUCAGUGGUUGCUUUAUGCGCUGUUGAGUUGCCCCAGCGCCUUUCCAGCAAAACAUAUCCUCAAAUCAUAACGACAAACGAUUUUGUGAACUUAGGCCACGACGUGAUCUGCCUCUGCGUCAUCCACCUGAUAAGCAAAGAUGGGCACUACCUCGUCUAUCUUCCGAGAAACUCAACCGUGACACUGCGGUUGAGAGAUGAGACAUCCAAAAAGAGAUCACUUGCAUUUGUCAGAGGGGAUUUUGGUAUUCCUUCUGGUGAGUUUUUAGCUCCGCAGUUUGAAGGAAGAAGCAUCCCGUAUCUUGUUCCAGUGCCACUAAGUAAAGUAGGUGGUGUCUGGAAUGCUCGAAAGAACCUAGGACGCAAGAACCAACGGUAA